AUGGCUGUGACAGUGCAGCUGGUGGUAAUGAGCUGGCUGCCCUGCGUCAUGGCAGGUUGGUACAUCGGCAGGAGAGGGCAGCGAGAGAGCUGCAGCCACGUGUGUAACGGAAUCGGGCCGUGUAAUGAAAAAGCCCUUAGUGACAUCAUGAGCUGCCGGCCCGAGACGAUGAUGACAUUUCUGGGCAGUGUAGCUGCAGUGCGUGAUGUCCUGGGCAGUCUUUCCAACCACGAUUGCUCAAAGGGUAUGGCCUUGCUGAAUAGCUCCACUGCUCUCGCCACUCCUUUCGCCGAUGCAAGGGGCCAGUGUGGGUACACUGUGGAUCGAACGGCUUCGUGCGACAGCCAGCCCCCGUUCGCGGACUCGGUUCGCCAUUGCUGCUGCGAGGAGUAUAUCGGUGACUGCGAAGUCGACACGAGCGACUGUCCCGAAUCCUUCUCCGAUUCGACCAGUGUUAUAUCCACAACAUCUUCCGUAGCCCACCUGAGGCUGGACGAAUGGUUCGGUGCUACGGAACCGCCGACACCAAGAAACGGGAUAAGCCCGGAGCACCCGACGCUCGUGAUCAUCCUCGCGGCGGCUCUUGGUGUGGCUGGUUUCGUGUUUUGCAUCUGCUGCCUUCUCUUCAGCAUCACCAUAUGUCGUCUCCCGGAGCUGGGACAGACAGAUGUCCAGCCCCAGCUGCACGUGUGA